UUUUAUAUUGACCAAAGUAUGCGAAUUGCGAUAACUAUUUGCCGAAUGGUAUGCGUCUUUCACAGUUGCAUUGUUGCACACUUCCUGCAGUUUAUAGUCACUAGUCACUACUCGGCAGUCGCUAGUCAGUAGUCACUUUGAUCAGUUGUGAUGGGCAUUACACUGUUGCUGCAUUACUAGUCUGAAUUACGUAUUGACGUAGUCUACGUUUUUCGUAGUAGAUUAGAUGUACUGUAAGACUUCAUCGUACUCAAUCGUUUAUACUUACAUUUCUAUAGCUUUCGAAGUGCAUUAAACAAAAAAAACAAAUUAACUCUAUUUCGCGCCAUGAGUUUAAAACUAAUUUUUUUCAUUAAAUAUUCGCAUAGUUUGUUUGUCGUUACUGAUUUUUAAAAACAUAGUGUUAUAAUGGAACCUGUAGUUAAUUGGAAGCCGCGAGAAGUGUCCAUUUGGCUGGAGAAAAAGGGUCAUAGUAAAUAUUCUCGAAUACUUACUGAAGAUCAUUGCAUUGAUGGUCGUGCUCUUUUACUCAUUAACGAAGCUGACUUGAAAAGUCCACCUAUAAGUAUUAAUGUCUUAGGUGAUAUUAAAAGAUUAAUGUUGGAUAUUCGUCAAUUAAAAGUAGAAAAUCGACAGACCCUUUUACAACUUGGAUUUGAUCCUAUAUCGCUACUUACAAAACCUGUAUGUAGUGCACAUGUUUAUGGAACUCAAUUCCGACCAGAUCCAUUUAAUUUUUAUGAUGAUAUUCAUAUGAACCAUGGAUCUGAUGUAACUGCAACGUCUUCCCAUAGUUCAGAGUUUGAAGAAGAUAGACGAUUAAAACCAGAGAUAUGGAAAGCUCUCAUUGCGAUGGGUUACCUGUUCACCGUAACGUGGAUCACGGCGUUCGUCAUGGUGAUCGUCCAUGAUCGCGUACCCGACAUGAAGAAAUAUCCCCCUUUGCCGGACAUAUUCUUGGACAACGUGCCUUACAUCCCCUGGGCGUUUCACAUGUGUGAACUCACCGGCACUGUGUUAUGUUUCGUGUGGCUCGCCGUACUGGUCUUCCACAAGCACCGUUUUAUACUACUGAGGCGGUUUUUCGCUCUAUCGGGCACAGUCUUCCUGUUACGGUGCAUCACGAUGAUCAUAACUUCCUUGUCCGUGCCGGGCACGCAUCUAGAAUGCACUCCCCGAAAGAAGCCUUCGUAUUUAGAUGAUGGAAAUUUUUUGGGAGAAAUGGUAUACAAAAUGCAACAAGCGUAUGUGAUAUGGAGGGGAGCUGGCAUGUCAAUACAAGGGGUUCGCACUUGUGGUGACUAUAUGUUUAGUGGGCAUACGGUGGCGUUAACCAUGUUAAACUUUUUCAUCACAGAAUACACUCCACGCGACAUAUAUUUGUUACAUACAUUCAGUUGGCUCUUAAAUAUGUUCGGUAUAUUUUUUAUACUUUCGGGUCAUGAACACUACUCCAUUGAUGUAUUCAUUGCCUUUUACAUUACGUCAAGAUUAUUCCUAUACUACCACACACUAGCUAACAAUCAAGCAUUAAGCAACAACGUUGAUUCUUGUCGAACGCGAAUUUGGUUCCCAUUGUUUAGUUUUUUUGAAUCUUCAUGCAGUUGCAUGGUACCAAAUGAAUAUGAAUCGUUGACGGAAAUCGCUGAAAAUCUGGCAUGUUCGACUUACAACAAUUAUUUAGUCAUUAAAUCAGCUAUCAAGACUCAGAUUUUGUUAUUGCGGGCACUACCGUCCAACCAAACAGUACAAAUUGGUCCAACUACUUUAGUUGGUGCAAGUGCAAUUAGGUCAAGAACACCGAUUGUUUUGAUUAAAAAAAAAGAUAAAUAAUCCAGAAUGCAUAGGUGAAUGCACAAAUAAUUUUUUGCCUCUUUAUGAAUUGAUAAAGUUGAUUUUUUAGAUCGUUGCACAAAGUGUAUACUUACAUUUAUAUUAUAUUAAAAGUAAUUAUUAAACAUUGAAUUUUGUGAUAUAAAGUUAAUAUUUGGAAGGUUAUAAACCAAAAAUGGUUAUAUUUUAUUAUUUUUCAUCUAGUUAUACUCAUCAUUAUAUUGUUUAAUUGUAUCAUAUUGUUGUAUGAAAAACUCCUCGAUCACUUCCAUUUCCUCGGUAGUGUUUAAUCAUUUUCUAAUUCUAAGCAUGAAUCCUUACUUGAUUUUUUAUUUAUAAAAGAAAAAUAUUAAUGAUACUAUUAGAUUUUUUAAAUUUUUUAUAAUUUGUAUUGAAUUCCUAUAAUCAAUAAUUCCUAAUUAGUAGUUAUUUUAUUUUAUAUUUUAUGUUAUUGAAAAGUUUACUAGCCUUCUAAUUCAGUGGGUACCUAAAAUAUAUUUUACCACUGACAUACAUUUUAGUUAUUUUGUAAUAAACCAGUUAUCAUCAACAA